CAGGAGCGGGCUGGGCUCGGGAAGGCAGGGAUGGCAGGGAUGGCAGGAUGGGAGGGCUCUGGAGCAGCAGCUGCUGACGUGCUGCCGGAGCUGCAGUGACUCCGCAAUGGCUGAGCCUGCCGGCGCUGAGCUCAUCCCGCAGCCUGCCGGGGAAACCUGUCCUUAGCCCCUCCGACCGCUCGGAUCCGCGCUCGGGCUACGUGCUGCCCUGACCUGCUGAGCCCCAUCCCGUGCCUGGACAGGGACAGAGCCUCUGCUGUGCUGGACCAUGAGGGACAGAGCCAGGCACUGAGGGUCUCCAGCCAGGAACACUGCUGCCCACCUUAACAGGAUUGCUUUAAAAAGGCCCCAGAAGAUGUAGAGCGGGAGCAGCGAGCCGCGGGGCCGGGCGUCCCUCACCAUGGCCAAGAGGGGCUCCAGCAGCCGCGCCAGGGGGGACAAGCCCGACGCCUUGGCCGCCCUGCAGGCUGCCAACGAGGAGCUCAGGGCCAAGCUCACCGACAUCCAGAUCGAGCUGCAGCAGGAGAAGAGUAAGGUCAGCAAGUUGGAAAGGGAGAAGAAUCAGGAAGUGAAGCAGAUCAAGGAGCACGAACAGCAUAAAAGCACAGUGGUGGUCACAGAGCUCAAAGUCAAACUUCACGAAGACAAAAUGAAAGAGCUCCAAGCUGUCCGAGAAACUCUUCUGAGACAGCACGAGGCUGAGCUGCUGAGAGUGAUAAAAAUUAAGGACAAUGAAAUCCAGCGGCUGCAGACCCUGCUGAACGCCGUGCGCGACGGGGCCCCCGACAAGGUGAAGACGGUGCUGCUCACCGAGGCCAAGGAGGAGGCCAAGAGGGGCUUCGAGGUGGAGAAAAUCAAAAUGCAGCAAGAGAUCUCCGAGCUGAAGGGGGCGAAGAAGCAGGUGGAGGAGGCUCUGACGAUGGUGAUCCAGGCUGACAAAAUCAAGGCGGCGGAGAUCAGGAGCGUGUACCACCUGCACCAGGAGGAGAUCACCCGCAUCAAGCGCGAGUGCGAGAGGGAGAUCCGCCGGCUGAUGGAGGAGAUUAAGUUUAAGGACAGAGCAGUCUUCGUGCUGGAGAGAGAGUUAGGGGUGCGAGCCGGGCAUGCUCAGAGACUGCAGCUCCAAAAGGAGGCUUUAGAUGAACAACUGUCCCAGCUCAAAGAGUCUGACCGGCACCUGAGCAGCCCCAAGCGGGAACUUCCUUAUGCAAGUGGUGCAGGAGACGCUUCAGAUCAUUCGGGAAGCCCCGAACAGCAGUUGGAUGAAAAGGAUGCCCGGCGCUUCCAGCUGAAAAUCGCGGAGCUGAGCGGGAUCAUCCGCAAGCUGGAGGACAGGAACGCGCUGCUGUCGGAGGAGAGGAACGAGCUGCUGAAACGUCUCAGAGAAGCAGAAAGUCAGUAUAAGCCCAUUUUGGACAAAAACAAACGCCUCAGUAGGAAGAAUGAGGAGCUGUCACAUGCCUUACGUCGAAUGGAAAACAAACUGAAAUUUGUGACGCAGGAAAACAUUGCCAUGAGGCAAAGAACGGGAGCAAUAAGGAGACCAAGCUCCCUAAAUGACCUUGACCACAGCCAGGAGGAAAGGGAAGUGGAUUUCCUGAGACUACAAGUUAUUGAGCAGCAAAACAUCAUUGAUGAGCUCUCCAAGACCCUGGAGACUGCUGGCUAUGUGAAGAGUGUCAUGGAACGUGACAAGCUGCUGAGGUUCAGGAAGCAAAGGAAAAAAAUGACAAGAAUUCCUAAGAAGCCGGUGGUGGAGACGUUCUAUGGCUACGACGAGGAGGCUUCCCUGGAGUCUGAUGGUUCCUCCAUCUCCUACCAAACGGACCGCACUGACCAGACCCCCUGCACGCCCGAGGACGACCUGGAAGAGGGCAUGGCCAAGGAGGAGACGGAGCUGCGGUUCCGGCAGCUGACCAUGGAGUACCAGGCGCUGCAGCGCGCCUACGCCCUGCUGCAGGAGCAGGUCGGGGGCACCCUGGAUGCUGAGCGAGAAGUCAAGACACGUGAGCAGCUCCAAGCAGAAAUACACCGGUCCCAGGCUCAGAUAGAAGACCUGGAGAAGGCUCUGGCUGAGCAGGGACAGGACAUGAAGUGGAUUGAGGAGAAGCAGGCGCUGUACAGGAGGAAUCAGGAGCUGGUAGAAAAGAUCAGGCAGAUGGAGGCCGAGGAGGCACGCCUCAAGCACGACGUGCAGGACGCCAAGGACCAGAACGAGCUGCUGGAGUUCAGGAUCCUGGAGCUGGAGGAGAGAGAGAGGCGGUCCCCGGCCAUCACCUUCCACCACGGCCCCUUCACGGAGGGGAAGAGCCCCCUGCAGGUGUACUGCGAGGCUGAAGGUGUCACAGACAUUGUCGUGGCAGAGCUGAUGAAAAAGUUGGACAUUUUAGGGGAUAACGCCGUAAGUAACCUGACCAACGAGGAGCAGGUGGUGAUCAUCCAGGCCAGGACUGUCCUCACGCUGGCCGAGAAGUGGCUCCAGCAGAUCGAGGUGACCGAGUCUGCGCUGCAGCAGAAGAUGCUGGACCUGGAGAACGAGAAGGAGCUGUUCAGCAAGCAGAAGGGCUACCUGGACGAUGAGCUGGACUUCAGGAAACAGUCCCUGGACCAGGCUCACAAGCAAAUUCUGGAAUUAGAAGCCAUGCUCUAUGAUGCCCUGCAGCAAGAAGCUGGAGCCAAAAUUUCCGAACUUCUUUCAGAAGAGGAGAAGGAGAAGCUGAAGAGCGCCGUGGAGCAGUGGAAGCGGCAGGUGAUGAGCGAGCUCCGCGAGAGGGACGCGCAGAUCCUGCGGGAAAGGAUGGAGCUCAUCCAGCACGCCCAGCAGAGAAUUAAAGAGCUAGAAGAAAGAAUUGAAGGCCAAAAAAGACAAAUAAAAGAGUUAGAGGAAAAGCUUUCAUUCUUUGGUCAUAGUCCUUCAGGCCACAUGCACAAGCCCCCCGAGGCCACUGGUGCUCCUGCUGUUCUUCCCAGAGGGACAGCCCUGCUUCCCGAGACCCGCACAGACUUUCCCCGUGCCCCCAGACCUGCCUGGCUCUGUGCUGCUGCCCAGGGCAGGUGCCCUCUGUGGCACUGCCAGCGAGGCUGGGCCGGGCUCUGGGGCAGCCCCUGCACCCCCGAAACGCCCGAGGAGCCUCUGGAGAGGACAGAACUGAGCCCACAGAGAAAGCCAAGAGCUCUGCUCCCGCCCCUCGUGCAGCCCAGGCUGCUCUGGAGUGCCCAUCUCUGAUUCAGAUACACUGAAUUUAUUCCGCUUCCCUGCUAGGCAGGUGGCAAAUUGCUUCUGUGUAGAAGUGCCCGUGUCCUGUUUGUAUGCCACACGCUCACGUUCGUUCCACAGUUCUUCAAAAAUCUGUCCUGAAAAAGGUUUUAGGAAGCGUUCCAGAGGAGUAGCUCAUGAGAAGAUGGAUGUGAGUGAAAAUGAAGUGGUUUGUUCCAAGGCAUUUCUCUGUUGCACAGGGUACAGCCCAUGCUUUGUUGAAUAUCCCACGAGCCCAGUUUUAGGAAAAAAACGUAGAGCUACGUUCAGGAAACCAAGCUGUAAUUUUUUUUGUUUGUUUGGGGUUUUUUUGUUUUUCUUUUUUUUACUUGUCAGUAAACCAUGACGAGAAAAAUUACGCAAUGAUUUAUAAUUGGCUGUCCCUGAACAAUGACAAAAGGCUUAACACUGUCCCAGCAAAAAGUUCAAUCUGGAAAAGAGUGAGCUAAACCCGAUUAUCCCUGAUCCACAUGUGCUGGGCUGGGAGAGGGAAGAGAAGAUGUUGUCACCUGGAAGAUGUCCUCACCUGGAAGGUGUCCUCACCUCGGGGAGAGGGAGCACAAGUGCCACAGAGCCCAAGCCCGGGAGGCUGGCACAGGAACCAGGACAGAAAAAGAAUCCUCUAGAGAAACAGGUGAAGAGGGGGAAAUCCAGAAGAAAUUCCAGAGUGUGACUGACCACGCUGGAUCCACAGCCAAGCACAGAAAUGCAGGGAUGAGGAACAAAGCCAGGGAUGAAGGACAAAGCCAGGACCAAGGCCAGGGUGAGGAACAAAGCCAGGGAUGAAGGACAAAGCCAGGACCAAGGCCAGGGUGAGGAACAAAGCCAGGACCAAGGCCAGGGUGAGGAACAAAGCCAGGGAUGAAGGACAAAGCCAGGACCAAGGCCAGGGUGAGGAACAAAGCCAGGACCAAGGCCAGGACCCUGCUGGCAGCCAGGGUCCCACGGUGCCCAUUCCCUGGGAGCACAGGAAGGGAUCAGAGCUCUGGGCAGGUAAGAUGGGCUGACCAGCUGGAAACCCCUUUAUCCUGGGAUUCUGUGGAACUCCCUCCCCUGCUGGUCUCUCUCACUUGGGUUAAAAUACUUCAGGUGGUAACAGAGGAAAUACUGAAUUUGGUAUUGGAAUUACCAAAGUCUUUAUGCAAAUACUAUUUAAUUAUUGCUAAUAAUUUUGGUGUUAAAUUUCUGUUGUGAUAUAAUAACAAAUGCUGGGUUUGUGUUUUAGAUCAGUGGUCACUCUUAAUACAAAAUUAUUGGGAGGUAAUUAAAUGCACUGUCAGAUUUGUAUGGACAGCAAGCAGUCAUGCUGCUUUUAAAGAAACAUGUUUUAAAUGCAGGAAAUGAAAAUAUUUUUCAUUUUGCAUAGAAAAUAUAAAUACUAAUCAGAAAAGUAUUUUAUUUCACAGUUUCCCCUCACUUUUUUUUUCAAAUUUGUGCUGAUAAGGAGUUACUUGGCAGAUAAACAGGGUGGGGAGAGCAGCAGAGAAAGCUGCAGUUGCACAAGUUUUAUAGAAAUGUUAUUUACAUGCCAAAUGUAUGUAUUAAUUAGGCAUCAAAUUGUAAUUCCACUACGAGAAGAAGCUCUCCUGUGGGCCAAAGUGGGCAGUGCCCAGGUGGAGUGUGGGCACCCAGGGGUGCCCCCCAGCAG